UGCAAUAGCUGAACAUUUUCUUUUCCGCGCUGCGGCCGAAUCUCGCGUGUGAGGGUGAGGCAUACCUUGUGAAUUACACAGUCCGUCCGUCCUUCCUCAAUUCACAGCGCGCACAUAUACAAUAAAACACCUACAUUCAUUUACAAAUUUCCACCCAAAUUCAACCGCCGCUAUGUGACCGCUUCGCGAGUCGGACAACAUCCGGGAGUACAUCGCGCGAUUUAUUUUUAUUUUCUUGGAUUAAUCAGCGUCCGCUCGAUAGUAAGGAAAUUAUCUCCUUAACCUGUAUUUUGCGGGAUUUAUUCGGGAAUUAUUAUUUCGCAUCGAUGGAGCGGAAUAUUCUUCUGGGAAUUGUGUUCCUGAUAUUUUGUGAUGUAUGUUCCUGUCUUUCCAAUGCCGUGAUCAGUCCCGCAGUUGUACAAGUUCAAUGCACCAAUCGCGUGGUGUCCGUAACGCUGAAGACCGAGGGGGAAUUCAACGGGGUACUAUAUGUGGGACUGCACAAUAAGGAAUGCCGGAUGCUGGGGAAAGGACAGAAGAAGCUGGAGUUCUCGUUGCCGGUUAAGCAGUGCGGCAUUGUUACCGUUAAAUCACCGACGGAUGCCAACAAAGUAGUCCACAAAGUGCAGAUCUACGUGCAGCAUCAUCCCAUGCUGCAGAUGGAGAAAGACCAGCGGUCCAUUGAGGAGUGCGUCGCCGCGUCGGAUCCGUCAGCGGUGGGCGAGGGCUUCAUCAGCGACGCGGCCAACACCGUGGAAGUCAUUGCUCCGGCCUGGAUGGAGAUUGUGCGCGGUGCACAGGCCGACGGGCCGAAAAUCCGCGGACCAGUCGUGCUGGGCGAGACCAUCAGUGUACUGACUAAAGUCAAUGCCAAACAAGGACAAGACGCUUUAGUUACGCACUGCUUAGCCAGCGACGGGACAUCGUCGGAUCCGGAAUUGCUGAUUGGUGACGAUGGGUGUGCAACGGAUAACUCCAUCGUCCCAGCGUUUGCCAAGAUCUCCGGCAACACCGGCCCGUUGACCUUUUGGACGAAAUUCCCGGCGUUCAAGUUCCCCGACCGGCAGCGCUUGUAUCUGACGUGUCAGGUGGUCAUUUGCGAUGGCACCUGUCCGCAGCCACGGUGUACGCGGAAACCCCGUCAGGUAGUUGGUCCUAAUGACGGCUGGAAACCAGCCAACCAAGUAACCGAACUGGACGUGGCCAACUCCGUCCAAGUCGUCAACUCCGAUCUGGAAGGUCAAGUGGCAGCCGAUCCGUACGCUCUGGAGGAGAAAGACGAGAACCGCAUCUGUUGGCCGUUGAAGAACCUCAUGACCGCCAUCGGGAUCCUGGCGGCCAUCUUGUUAAUCGCUCUAAUCCUCGCUAUUUGUUUCUGGUGGAACCGGCGUCAACGUCGUCGCAAACAGAUGGACGACUCGUACGGAACACAGACCAACAGUCUGUACAAUCCCAGCACGAAUUACUACUACAUGGACCAGUAUGGGGAUUCGCAGAACUACUCGGGGAACGGGCAGUCGGUUAAUGGGCGCUCGCAUGCCGGUAGCCAGCAGCCGCCGCGGACGUACCGCUCGGAAACAUCACAUUAGCGGGACUGCAUUGUUCCUCUGCGCUUGGUACCGGCGGUCGAUAAUGCCGCUGGUUGUGUGUGCUAAAUGACCCAUGUUGUUGCCAAAUUGCUGCCAAAACUCUGACAGAAUGUAUGCGCUCUCUGGUGCACCAGGGAAAUUUGUUAUUAAUAAAGAAUUAAAAC